AACCAACAUGGACCCAAAGAUUACAUUUCUACGAACUUGACACAUGUUUUAAAGUAGAUUUUUUAAAAGAUUUCUUAUUUUUAUCACCUCAGACAUCCUUAUUUGUUAAUCACCCAAACUUCUAAGAGUAUUGCAAAGCUGCUUCUUACAAACGAGACCACAGAGAUACACUAUAUUGCCAAAAGUAUUCGCUCAUCUGCCUUUAGACGCAUAUGAACUUAAGUGACAUCCCAUUCUUAAUCCAUAGGGUUUAAUAUGACGUCGGCCCACCCUUUGCAGCUAUAACAGCUUCAACUCUUCUGGGAAGGCUUUCCACAAGGUUUAGGAGUGUGUUUAUGGGAAUUUUUGACCAUUCUUCAAGAAGCGCAUUUGUGAGGUCAGACACUGAUGUUGGACAAGAAGGCCUGGCUCGCAGUCUUCGCUCUAAUUCAUCCCAAAGGUGCUCUCUCGGGUUGAGGUCAGGACUCCGUGCAGGCCAGUCAAGUUCUUCCACACCAAACUCGCUCAUCCAUGUCUUUAUGGACCUUGCUUUGUGCACUGGUGCGCAGUCAUGUUGGAACAGGAAGGGGCCAUCCCCAAACUGUUCCCACAAAGUUGGGAGCAUGGAAUUGUCCAAAAUCUCUUGGUAUGUUGAAGCAUUCAGAGUUCUUUUCACUGGAACUAAGGGGCCAAGCCCAGCUCCUGAAAAACAACCCCACACCAUAAUCCCCCCUCCACCAAACUUCACAGUUGGCACAAUGCAGUCAGACAAGUACCGUUCUCCUGGCAACCACCAAACCCAGACUCGUCCAUCAGAUUGCCAGAUGGAGAAGCGUGAUUCGUCACUCCAGAGAACGCGUCUCCACUGCUCUAGAGUCCAGUGGCGGCGUGCUUUACACCACUGCAUCCGACGCUUUGCAUUGCACUUGGUGAUGUAUGGCUUGGAUGCAGCUGCACUCUACGGCCAUGGAAACCCAUUCCAUGAAGCUCUCUACGCACUGUUCUUGAGCUAAUCUGAAGGCCACAUGAACUUUGGAGGUCUGUAGCGAUUGACUCUGCAGAAAGUUGGCGACCUCUGCGCACUAUGCGCCUCAGCAUCCGCUGACCCUGCUCUGUCAUUUUAUGUGGCCUACCACUUCGUGGCUGAGUUGCUGUCAUUCCCAAUCGCUUCCACUUUGUUAUAAUACCACUGACAGUUGACUGUGGAAUAUUUAGUAGCGAGGAAAUUUCACGACUGGACUUGUUGCACAGGUGGCAUCCUAUCACAGUACCACACUGGAAUUCACUGAGCUCCUGAGAGCGGCCCAUUCUUUCACAAAUGUUUGUAGAAGCAGUCUGCAUGCCUAGGUGCUUCAUUUUAUACACCUGUGGCCAUGGAAGUGAUUGGAACACCUGAAUUAAAUUAUUUGGAUGGGUGAGCGAAUACUUUUGGCAAUGUAGUGUAAGUAUUCACAGCCUUUGCUCAAUACUUUGUUGAAGCACCUUUGGCACCAAUUACAGCCUCAAGUCUUUUUGAGUAUGAUGCUACAAGCUUGGCACAUCUAUUUUUGGGCAGUUUCUCCCAUUCUUCUUUGCAGAACCUCUCAAGCUCCAUCAGGUUGGAUGGGGAGUGUCGGUGCACAGCCAUUUUCAGAUCUCUCCAGAGAUGUUCAAUCGGGUUCAAGUCUGGGCUCUGGCUGGGCCACUCAAGGACAUUCACAGAAUUGUCCUGGAGCCACUCCUUUGUUAUCUUGGCUGUGUGCUUAGGGUUGUUGUCCUGUUGGAAGAUGAACCUUCACCCCAGUCUGAGGUCCAGAGCGCUCUGGAGCAGGUUUUCAUCAAGGAUGUCUCUGUACAUUGCUGCAUUCAUCUUUCCCUCGAUCCUGACUAGUCUCCCAGUUCCUGCCGCUGAAAACAUCCCCACAGCAUGAUGCUGCCACCACCAUGCUUCACUGUAGGGAUGGUAUUGGCCAGGUGAUGAACAGUGCCUGGUUUCCUCCAGACAUGACGCUUGCCAUUCAGGCCAAAGAGUUCAAUCUUUGUUUCUCAUGGUCUGAGAGUCCUUCAGGUGCCUUUUGGCAAACUCCAAGUGGGCUGUCAAGUGCCUUUUACUGAGGAGUGGCUUCCGUCUGGCCACUCUACCGUACAGGCCUGAUUGGUGGAGUGCUGCAGAGAUGGUUGUUCUUCUGGAAGGUUCUCCUCUCUCCACAGAGAAAUGCUGGAGCUCUGUCAGAGUGACCAUCAGGUUCUUGGUCACCUCCCUGACUAAGGCCCUUCUCCCCCGAUCGCUCAGUUUGGCCAGGCAGCCAGCUCUAGGAAGAGUCCUGGUGGUUCCAAACUUCUUCCAUUUACGGAUGAUGGAGGCCACUGUACUCAUUGGGACCUUCAAUGCAGCAGAAAUUUUUCUGUACCCUUCCCCAGAUCUGUGCCUCGAUACAAUCCUGUCUCGGAGGUCUACAGACAAUUCCUUGGACUUCAUGGUUUGGUUUGUGCUCUGACAUGCACUGUUAACUGUGGGACCUUAUAUAGACAGGUGUGUGCCUUUCCAAAUCAUGUCCAAUCAACUGAAUUUACCACAGGUGGACUCCAAUCAAGUUGUAGAAACACCUCAAGAUGAUCAGUGGAAACAGGAUGCACCUGAGCUCAAUUUUGAGUGUCAUGGCAAAAGCUGUGAAUACUUAUGUACAUGUGAUUUUUUUCGUUUUUUAUUUUUAAUAAAUUUGCAAAGAUUUCAAACAAACUUCUUUCACGUUAUCAUUAUGGGGUAUUGUUUGUAGAAUUUUGAGGAAAAUAAUGAAUUUAAUCCAUUUUGGAAUAAGGCUGUAGCAUAACUAAAUGUGGAAAAAGUGAAGCGCUGUGAAUACUUUCCGGAUGCACUGUAGAUCCUCCUUCUCACGCCUCGUUCCUGCAAACGUCACAGAACAACUGACCGAUCCUAUGGAUUUAGCGGCUUUUUCACUUUUUGAUCAAACAAGGAGUGGGGACCAUCGAGCAAUAUACCGAGCAGUUCUGUGGUCUCGCCCAAGUUCUCCAUUGGGGAGAUAUUGAACUCAAGGACUGCUAUCGGUUCAGACUUAAUGAGCCUGUGAAAUCCUGUCUGCUAGGAGGCAGAUGUGAACUUUCCUUGGUCUAAUUCAUUGACUAUGCAUUGAGGCUCACAUUCUCCUCGCCCAUGCCUGCCACGGUCAACGAGCCAGCUCCUGAAGCCUCGUCCGUCCCAGAGCCAGCGCCUGAAGCCUCAUCCGUCCCAGAGCUAGCGCCUGAAGCCUCGACCGUCCCAGAGCCAGCGCCUGAAGCCUCGACCGUCCCAGAGCCAGCGCCUGAAGCCUCGACCGUCCCAGAGCUAGAAGAGGAGGAGGAGGAGAAGGAGGAGGAGGAGGGUCCCUACUCUCCAGUCGCAGCCUGCACUCUCGACCACGGAAGUCGUUCCCCUGUCGCUACCUGUGCCCUCGACCACGGAAGUCGUUCCCCUGUCGCUGCCUGUGCCCACGACCACGGAAGUCGUCCCCGUCACUGCCUGUGCCCACGACCGCGGAGGUCGUUCCCGUCACUGCCUGUGCCCACGACCACGGAGGUCGUCCCCAUCACUGCCUGUGCCCACGACUGCGGAGGUCGUUCCCGUCACUGCCUGUGCCCACGGCCACGGAGGUCAUUCCCCUGUCACUGCCAGUGCCCACGGCCACGGAGGUCGUUCCCCUGUCACUACCAGUGCCCACGGCCACGGAGGUCGUUCCCCUGUCACUGCCAGUGCCCACGGCCGCGGAGGUCAUUCCCCUAUCACUGCCAGUGCCCACGGCCACGGAGGUCGUUCCCGUCACUACCAGUGCCCACGGCCAUGGAGGUCGUUCCCGUCACUGCCAGUGCCCACGGCCUCGGAGGUCGUUCCCGUCACUUCCAGUGCCCACGGCCGCAGAGGUCAUUCCCCUGUCACUGCCUGUGCUCACGACCACGGAGGUCAUACCCCUGCCGCUGCCAGCGCUCACGGCCAUGGAGGCCGUUCCCUUGACACUGCCUGUGCUCACGGCCACAGAGAUCGUUCCCCUUUUACUGGCAAUGCCCACGGCCACGGAGGUUGUUUCUGUCACUGCCUGUGCUCACGGCAACGGUGGAUGUCAACGAGGCUGUCCAGUUCCCAGAGGCAGUUGACGAGUCCAUCCAUCCCCUGAUGACUUUCGAGCCUGGUCGGUCCCCUGUGACCGUCGACGAUCCUGUCACCAGAAGCCGUCGACCAGUCUGUUGCUCAAUCCAGUGGUAUCCUGUCAGAAACAAGCUACCAGUCUGCUGACCCCUGUCCAGCGAGCAUUAGGAGCUGCUCCUUAAAUGGAGGGGUCUCUGCAACACUAGGGACAUUUGCCCUAGCGGCCACUAGAGGUUGCUAGGAGAACUAAGACUCUUAGUUUUAAGGUCUGUGUUUUCCUUCUUGUGUCUCUUUUCCUGAUUCCUUCCCUGAUUGUCUUCCCAGCUGUGUCUUGUUACCCUUGUUAUUUAUUGUAUACAUAUUGCCCUCUGUCUUUGUAAGUUAACCUUUCAUGGAUGUAACGGUUUGUUCUGUUGUCUUGUUUUGAGUUCCUUAUGUUUAUUUCUCUGAGUUUUAAUUAAAAAGCCUGCAUAUAGAUCCUCCUUCUCAAGCC